CAAACACCAUCCUCACUACCCUCAUCUCCACAUCUAACUCUGAUUACAGGUCGUCAAUCACGAAAGUCCAGUCCUUACACGACGAAAUGGCCAAAGAUGGACAUCACCAAUUGUCGAAGCAUGGAACUGCUCAAGCGCUUGGGAGUCGACCAAGGUCUUCGAGAAGUUGGCGUGCCCCCAGCAUUACUCCUUCGAUGUGAAAUUCAGUACCGGCUUGUCAGAUGGCGGCGAGGAGAUCACGAAAUGGGAUCUGCCGUCGCCGAACCGGUGGCGAGAGCACAUAAAAGAACACAACGAUGGCUCGAUGCCCACCAACGGUGCUCUCGAGCAAUCUUCGAAGCAUGGCUGAAACCAAGGAUCCAAGCCGAGCCUUUGGUCGAGUCCUUCUUCGGCAUGAAGUUCGAAAGCCUCGUUGAGUCUGACGCCGGCGUCGAGUGCGAAUUGACUGAUGUCUCGGGGGAGAAGCAUAUCGUCAAUGCUGACUGGGUGCGAUGGGGGUGGAAGCCGCGUCCGAAGGGCAAUCCUCAUCGAUGGGCCCGUGUAAGUUGUUGGCAUCGCUUAGGCUCUCUCCGGACAUCAUUUGACGCCAGUGUCAAAAGUCCAGGGAAGCUUUUCCUCGUCCAUUUCAAGUCGAAAGAUCUCAGCCGGAUUCACCGACAAGGCCAGUUUUGGCAUAUCUUCUUCACCAGUGGUUGGGCCAUCAUUGCACAGGACGAGGUCGAUACCUGGACGGUCCAAGUCCUCGUGACAAGCUCAUGGCGGCCGAACAUCUGUCUAGCUGACAAGUACAUUUUUGCCAGCGGUCGAGUGUUCCUUUCCGGUGACGCUGCUCAUCAGAACAUACCGACAGGAGGAUAUGGUAUGAACACCGCGCUUGGUGACAAUUUUGACAUUGGUUGGAAUUGGCCGCCGUUCUUGCCGGAUAUGGGGGAUCAUCACUGCUCGAAUCCCACGAGCUUGAACGUAGGCCUGUUGCGGCACGAAACAUUGAACACUCCGGCGUCCAUUGGCAGGUGCAUUCCGUGUACGGAGUACAAAGACUUGGUUAACCAGACAGGUGAUGCUGUUAUCUCGAAGACCCCUGAGGGAGACAUUGUUCGAGCAAAGAUCGCCAAACAUAUGACAUUGUUCGACGGAGAGAACAAAGAUCACGGCUUCGAGCUGGGCUAUCGGUACAACAGCUCGCCUGUGGUCGUGCCGGAUCAAAAGGGCGCCAGGGAACCUGACUGGAAUAGAACGCAUUACGUCCCGUCGACCUGGCCGAGCGCCAGAGCUCCGCACGUUUUUCUGAAGGAUGGAAAUACCAGCAUCUUUGAUCUCUUCGGGAGUGGAAGACAAUACAGCUUAAUUGACUUCUCUUCUGACGUCCGAUAUGCGACAAUGUUCGAGGCAGUGGCUGGCAAGUUGGGGAUCCCGCUGAAAGCUGUUCAUCUCCCUAACGAGCCUCAUGUGCGCCAGAUGGCCUCGAUAUUUCAGAGGUCGAGAGAGACCUCUCAAUCGUUGGAAAAUGGUGGUCAAGUCAAGGUGAAAGACAAGAGUUUUACGGGGACAAUCGGCACCGUCGACCAGGAGAAAGUGGAUGGUAUGGCAGAGUUCCAGCGCUGA